GCGAUCCUAUUGGUGAAAAUCACGUGUCACCAAAUGGAUUCGGGCACAUGACUCAUAUGUUGAAAACAUUGGCUAACGGCAAACUUAUUCUGGCCUUGGAGGGUGGCUACAAUCUUGACUCCAUAUCAAAAUCUGCUCUUGCCUGUGUCAAAGUUUUGCUCGGGGAGCCGCCAGGCAAAUUAGGCCCGAUAAUUCCCAGUCAAGAUUGUAUGGAGACAAUCCAUCAUGUUAUUCGUACACAAUCGAAAUAUUGGAAUUGUCUCGCUCCAGUAUAUUAUGCUACUGAAGAUCGGUUACCUGGGCAACUUCUUGUUGACAUGGCGGAGAUGCUUAAAAUGUAUAGGACAAAAAAUUUGUAUUCGAAAUACAAGUUGAUUCCAGUACCAUUAUCGGAUGGCAAAUUAGGACAGCGGUUUACAAAUUUGGCUUGUUGCAGUGGUGAUCUUUAUAAUAAAGAAGUUGUAUUUUUUUUUGUACACGACAUGGCGGAUUUCAGGGCUGAUACACGUGCCACGUCAAAUUCAAUCAAUGUUUCAAAUUCAUAUAUGAUAGACACUGUUUAUUUAUAUAUUGAGACAAUAUUAAACAAUAAUCACGGGAUCAUUGAUGUUGAUAUUCCUCCGAUUAUUAGUCAACCAAAAAAUGAAAAUCAAGAUUUGAGAGAAUUACUAAUAUUCUUAUGGGACAAUCUUAUAGAUGCGUCAAAUACAAAAAAAGUUAUUUUGAUAGGUGCUGGUCGUGGUUGUCGAAGUUUAACAGGACUUAUAAGUGAGAGAGAUUACAGCGUUAUGGAAAAGGUGGUGUGCACGAUCAUGAUACCUGGACCUAACGAAGUUCCAUCUGUAUCUAAAAGAGCAGACCUUUCCACUUGGUAUCAAAGU